AUGCCGCCCAAGAAAUCCAAGGCGGCAGCAGCAGCAUCCAAGCCCCCGUCAGCAAGUCAACCAGAACCCUCGCGCCCAAUGCGCACGUCAGGACGCAAGCGGCGCCACAGCGAUACUAGCAACAUCUCUGAUGCGCCGUCAAGCGUCGUCGAUGAUGUGAAGACUCCAGCAAAGCGCCGCAAGCGCAAGGCCGCCGCAGAGCCUGAAGAUGAAGCCAUCGUGGAAAUCGACGAGCAGGAACAAGUGAUGCGAGACCUCGGAGACCCCCCUCACUGCGACAACACCACCAGAGGUGAACGUGACAGUGAGCUUGUCACCGAUUCGAUCGAGGUUACACAGUCACAAACCUCCGCCAAGCACGUGCACUUCGGCAGCGACACCGAGAACGUCGACCCGGACCACGCGACCGCCUCCUUCAUCACUCCUCAUCCGCGCGCGAAGAUGACGGUGAAGCGUAGAACGCUCUCGCCGCACUUGGGCGACUCCAAGCGGGUCAAGGAGUCGCGCACAUCGCUGCCGGCCGUGCUGUCGCAGGAUGGCGAAGUCGAUCCUGUCAAGAUCGUGUCGGAGUGGGAGUUCAAGCCGCUCAAUGCUGUGCUUGAGAAGAGGAUCGCGGAGCUGAGGGAGUCGUCGCAGAGGUCGUCGCAGAGGUCAUUCUCACAAAACAGCGAAGUCACCGAGACCGUUGAUGAGGACAUGCUGGUCCUGGACAGCCAUGAAGAGAUCGCAUAUCCGCAACUGCCGGGCCCGUCAACACCAAUGGCCAUCAACAGGCGCAUCACAGACGCAAGUGGGAUGAGCGCUUCAGAGAGGAGUUCCACAAAGCUGCGUGUAGGCUGGGACGCAGAGAGGCACCGCUUCCAUGAAGCCAUCCUGCAAUUCCAGAAGGAGGCGGAGAGGGCAAAGGGCGAUCUACAAAUCCUCAGCAUCGAAGUCCAGUCGCUCGGCUUCGCAGAGGAUGAGUCAGCUCUCGACGUCCUCAGCAGCAUCCGCGAGUCUUUCGACAAUGUGCGCGAAUUUCUCGAGGAGGAGCUUCCAGGCACUGUGCCAGAGAAUGCCUCCAACGAAGACCUGGUCGAGAUCCUGAUCGCGAACGUCAAGGAGUUUGCCGACCGCUUGCGCACCGCCGACAGGGAGCUGGUGGAGAAGGGCACUCUCAACGCUGAUCUCGGCAACCAAGUCACCCACCUCAUCGACCGACUCGCUGGCAGGGAUGUCAAGAGUCAAGAGCUCCAGGAGCAGUUGAUGCAGUUGGACGAGUCUAAACAGGCAAUGGGUGAGGAGAUGCAAGAGCUACAGGAGAUGCUGGAGAAGGCUGAGACAGAGCGGAAUGAGCGCCAGGCCGACUUUGACGAGGAGGCGGAGAGGACGCAACAGUUGGACGAGGAGAAGGCGGAGCUUGAGUUGACUUUGGACCGUCUGCAAAAGUCUCUUCAGGAUUACCAGACUGAAGAGUCAAGGCUUACUGAGCUCAUUACCACGAUGGAGGAGGAGCACCGAACCACGGUUCAGUCGAUGAAUGCGGAGCGCGAGGAGACUAUCCGCGACCUGGAAGGUCGUCUUGAUGCCGAGACGGAACGCCGUGAGGAGACUGAAAAGGAGGUUUCCACCAGGCAGGAGCUCAUCACCACCACCGAGAACGAUCUUCAAGCUCUCGAAGGCCAGCUCGAUGCUCUGUCCAAGGAGCGUGAUGAGCUGCAAGCCGAGCUUGAUGAGGAGACAAAGGGUCAUGAUGCUACUCAAGACAGGCUCAGCGAGGCACAAGCAGCUGUCGAAGAGUUGGAAGGCCGCAUUGCCCGCGUUGAGGAGGAUGCCGAAGCCAUGGAAGAGCAGCUCGCCACUCUUCGUGAGCAGAAUCAGACUGAGCGCGAGCAGCGUGAGGGCGCUGAGCAGGCUCUCGAUGAGCGUGAUCAGGAGGUCGAGCAGUUGAAUGUCAAACUUCGCGAGCAAGGCAGGGAGGCGAACGAGCUUCGUCUGAAGGCUCACGACAUCCAGACGAAGAACGGGAAGCGUAUCGCUGAGCUUGAGCAGCAGAUGUCGGAACACGAUGCUGAGUUUCAGACGGACAUGGCAGACGAGAUCAAGCGUCGCGAGGAUGCUGAAGGCUUGGCUCAAGAGCGUGCUGUUGAGCUUCGCGAGUUGCAAGAGAAAUUGACGGAGGUUGAGCAGCAGAUGCGGGACCUGCUUGCCGAGCGUGACGCACGCAUCGAGGAGUUGGAAGAGGAGCUUGAGCGGAAGACCGCAGAGAUCCUCAAUCUCCAAGAUGACCUUCGCACGACCGAAGACAACUACAAGAACCAGAUCCGUGAGAAGGAUGACCGCGCCGCCGACCUGGAAGACCAAAUCGCCGAGCUCGACACCAUCAUGACCGACCGCGCCGCCACCAUCCAAGCCCUCCAGCAGCGCGUCAACGAAACCACCACUCUCAACGAGACUCUCACCGAAAACCACGCCGCCGAAGUCCAAGACCUGACCUCCCGCCUCCGCGUCCUGGAAGCCGAGAACGAAGAGCACGUCCACGACAAAGCAAGCCUCGAACGCCGCGUUGAAAGCGAAGCGAUGCAAAUGCUCGAAGUCUCGAACAACUUCUCCGAGCAGAUCGCUGAUCUCCAGACGCAAUUGCGGGACAAGCAAGCCGCCAUCGUCCGCGUCGAAGGCGCUUCCCGCGAAGCGGAGCAGAAGACCACCGAGCUCCUCGCCGCUCGGGAAGAGGAAGUCGAGACGUGGAAGACUGCUACCGAAGAAAAGGAGGAAGUCAUCGCUUCCCUGGAGCAGGAGAAGAGCGACGUCCACCGCAAAUUCAAAGCGUAUGUGCGCAAAUCUAUGGAUACGGUGGAGGGGUUGCGGAGGCAGUUGGAGGAGGCCAAGAGGGCUGUGGAUGAGGAUGGCGAGGCGUUGGGACGGGAAGCGGAGGAUGUGUUGGUGGAGUUGGAGGGGUUGCAGGUCCCGAGGCAUGAGGUCGCGGCGAAGAAGACGGCGGCGAGGAAGGUGAAGGGGAAGAAGGGGAAGAGGGUUGUGGAUAGUGGGGUGGGGUUGGGGGCGGAGGAGGGGAUGGAGGAGCCCAUGUUGGCGUAG